AUGGAGUCGCAUAACCUGCAGGCAGCUUCGACCUAUGUCAACAACAUCUUACUGGCAAGGGGCUUGCUAAAAGGUGGUCGCGCGAUCGAUUUCGCCGACCCAGAAAACGAAGAUGGAGGGAUAGACGGCACCAUGGCUCGUGUGAUCAACUUGGUCAACGAUUUAGUGUUGAGACGAGACCGCGAGUCCGAGCACCGUGAGAGCUUAUCUACGACCGUUCGCACGCUGCAAGCCACCGAGACGGAACAAACCACGGAGAUCGGAAAACUGAAAAUGAAGACAUCCGAGUUGACCCGCUCGCUAGCUCUGGCAGAAGCCCAGGAGCGCACGCUCAAGUCCAACAUGUCCCGCGCCGAAGCGAACAUCCGAAGUUUCAAGGAACAAGUCCAGCGCAUGAAGAGUACCGUCCAACAAGUCCGAGCACAAUGCGCCAACGAUAUUCGCAAGCGUGAUCUGGAAAUGCAGAAGCUCAAGUCGCAUCUGGCUGAGAGACAACGAGGCAAGCGCGAGGGUCUGACUGUGACUACUAUCAACAUAAAUCCUGCGUCGGACCGAUCGCGUCUUCUGGCUAGCGGUGGAGAACGAGUACAUGACCCUGGAUAUAGCUUGAAGCAGGAGACCACCGACUUCUUGACCGAGCUAUGUCAGCAUCUCAGUGAUGAGAAUGAUACCCUGAUUGAGCUUGCGCGAAGCACUGUCCAUACCUUGAAGGACCUACAAGGCUUGACGCAGGCAGAGAAUGGGAAAGGUGAAAAUGAGCAGCCGGGUAUGGCUAUGAGCGUCGGAGCUCAGAAGUCUUCUUCGGGACCUGUUACGUCGCUUCCAACCUCGUGUGAAGAACUAUCCGUUCAUAUGGAAUCAGUGCUAGAACAUCUACGAACACUGCUUACCAACCCCUCAUUUGUGCCCCUUGAAGAGGUCGAGGUGAGAGACGAGGAGAUCAAACGACUGCGUGAAGGCUGGGUGAAGAUGGAAUCCCGGUGGAAGCAGGCAGUUACCAUGAUGGGUGGGUGGCAGCGUCGUCUUGCAGAUGGAGGAGAUUCUGUCCAAGCAGAUGAAUUGAAGCGCGGCAUGAAUCUCGAUCUCAGCAUUAACUCAACUGAGGGCAUAAGCAUGCAAAGCUUGCCAGAGUCCAACCCCAUCCCUACAAUCCUGGAGGACCAAGAUGAGGAGGGAGAUAUGAGUGAACCGGAGGAGAGAGUACCAGACCCCGAGAUGCUCAAUCCCCCGAAGAUGAGGUCCAAGAUCCGCAAAGUACCCGAGCGACCCGAUCGCGUUCUGAGGGAACGCAGUGAAAACCCCAUGACAAAGCGCCCCAGAAAAGUCUCAUUUACACCAGGUUUACAAGGCUCACCAUGUGUGGACACUACCGACGACGAUACCCUCAAAAUCAAAGCCUACAAAACCGAGACUGUGACCCGCAGGCCAACCAGGCGAAAGACCGAAACAAAGGAACCCCAUCAGCUCAAACCCAACGAAUCACUAAGCGUGCACCAAAAACUGGCCGCCGUCGAAGACGAGGCCCGUGCCGCUCAAAACGAGCUAAAGGAGCGCGAAUCACGAAAGAGAAGCCGCCCCGACAAGGCUUCUAGGCCAGCGAACCGGCGUCGGAGUACUCUCACCACUGAUGAGCUUGACGAUCUGAUGGGCGUGGCCCGGUGA